AUGUUCCUUAACAUACACUAUUACAUUCAUUUCGAAAUCAAUGGACUAAGCUUGGAAAACAUAGAGAAAGUCACUCUGGCAAGGACCUGCUGCCCGUCCAACUACGAGAAAAAUCGUUAUGUUCUAUGCCGUCUAGUUGGCCGUGGCAGGCAAUUUUGUAUUUCAGAGACUGAAUGUCAAGAAUCUGAUACAUGCCCACCUGGCUGGGAAGACUUAGGUGAUAUUGUUAAUGAGUACUGCAAGUUAGGGUGUGAAACUUCUGUUUGUGGUGCCAUGAACACCCUCAAAAACUCUGAUGCAAAUGAGAUUGUGAAAGGAGCGCUUGAACAGUGUGCCAAGGCAUGUACUACUUUCUGCACCAAGAGCUCUAAAGCCACACUUGAAACAGCCUAGAGUACUGUUCUAAUUGUGGUGUAUGUGACAAAAAGAAAAAAUAUGCUAGACUCUUGUAAUAAGUUGUAGUACUUCUGGCUUGUUUGUGCGUGUGUGCAUGAGUGGUAGAAGGUUGUCGAUCACUAGAUUGUGCAUGCCCUCUUCCUAUAUCAUCUAAAUAAAGAAUAACGUGUCUUUUAUUUAAUUUUA